CAACAUGGCCGAUUCAAUCCCACAAAUCGAGGACCUUAUCGACCUCAGGACCGUACUUCCCGACUUCAGUCCCCCCGAACACAUCACGGAAACCCUGGCCCUUGUUAGCCAAAGUUCCAACCUUUACCACCAAUACACUCGUGACUAUGGCCACCCACGUCUCGUAACGGCCCUUGCAGGUCUGUACUCGCAAUUUGUGGGCCGCCAAAUCGACCCAAUGACCGAAAUUUUGACAACUGUGGGUGCCCACGAGGCCCUUUUUGUUGCCAUCCAUGGCCAUGUUGAUGUUGGUGAUGAAGUUGUGAUUUUUGAGCCCUUUCUACCUUGUUAUAAAAAUCUAGUCGAAAGUGUGGGCGGAAUAGCAAAAUUUGUGACCUUGAAUUUGGUACAGGGGCCCAAAAAUUUGGGUAAUAAAUGCAUUUUUGAUUCGAAAAAACUCGAAAAUUGUUUUAACGAAAAGACGAAAAUCGUUAUUUUAAACAAUCCGAAUGAAUAUUUUGGUAAAGUUUUUACGCUUGAGGAACUGGAAUUUGUGGCGUUUUUGUGCCAAAAAUGGAACGUUUUAUGUAUUUCGGACGAAACGAACGAAUUUUCCGUUUCGGCACAAAAUGGUCCAAAAAUUGCGUCUUUGCCCAACAUGUGGUCACGAACACUUACCAUUGGAUCGGCUGAAAGGACCUUUGGAGUCACUGGAUGGAAAGUGGGAUGGGUUUACGGACCCUCUAACCUACUUUUCAAUCUUUUGAUGGUACACCAAAAUUCGCUAUAUACCGGAAACACACCAUUGCAGGAAACUGUUGCAAGAUGUAUUGAAAAGAAUUUUCAGACUCAGAAACACAUAAUACAAACGAAAAAACAAUACUUUGCUAAGAAAUUGACGGAAAUCGGGCUAAAACCAAUAAUACCUGAAGGUGGCUACUACAUAAUUCUGGAUUUGGAAAAUCUGGUUUGUCGUAAUAAAACGACCAAAGACUCAAAGUUUUGCGAACAGUUGGGCAAAAUGGGUUUGUUGGGCACACCCAUGAACCCUUUUUUUAGUGAAAAGAACAAAGUGGAAAAUUACGUUGCGUUUUCUUUUUUCAAGAAAAAUGAAACUUUAGAUCGAGCGAUCAAUAUUUUGAAACAACUUGUAUAAUUUUCGGGCUUGUGCAGAGGAAAGAAUGCACACUUUUCAGUCAAUUGUCGCUACUACAAUACACUAUUAAACACAAUUUUUUUCAAUAAAAUCAUUUAUUUACCUUGUCCUUGAAAAAUCCAGAUUAAGAAAAAAUACAUGAGCUACUGUAUCAAAACUAUAGAAAUGCCAACGUCGCCUUUUCUUUAAAAGUUAGUUGUUAUAAAUUAUUCAUGCACUUCAAAGAAUUAAUAGCUAAUGUAAUUUAUAGUUUCAAUGAGAGAUCUAAUCAUUACAUUUUUACCAACCUUAUUUAAAAAAAUAUUUGGUAAAAUGCGACGUUGGGUUUUUUAUAGUUUUGAAACAGCUACUCUAGUUCACUAAUUAACAAUCUUUUAACAAAUUCAAAAUUUUUUGAAACCAUAUAAUCUUUUUUUUAAUAAAAUAAAAAAUUUGCACAAAAAAAUUUCGGAAAGUCCGAAAAAGAAUACAACCUGUCUAUAUUUUUAAUGCCAUAAGUAAUUUAAUUUUUUUAAUUUAAUCUGUUAUUUUGGAAUAUGUUAUUGUUAAGUUUCGGUUAACUUGUUCGAACCUCUUAACCAACUUAGAAAAUUGGUUUUAUAUUUUUUUUACUGUUUUCGAUAAUACACAUCUUUAUUUUUCUGACAAUAAAAAAAAUAAAUAAAAAAUUAAUUAAACAAUGAAAAGAAUAUCUUUUAUAAUAUAAAAAAAUAUUGAUAAUUAAACAUUAAUUUAUAAGCAGCAAUUGUUUUUAUAAUCUUUUUUAUAAUUAGCUCGAAAACACGUUUUAAUUUGCACCUAAACACGAAAAAAUUACAAAAAAUAAUCACCCCCCCUUAUAAAAUAAUGCACGAACAAAAAAAUAAAGCUCUUUGUGUAAUACGCUUUAAUUUUUUUGUUUUUAGAGGUUUGUUUGCUUUGUUUUUUGAUUUUUUUAAACUUUCCAGAAAGAAUAAAAUGUGUACCUACUAUUUAAAACACUAAUCAUUUAUUUUUGCACAAUUGAGCUCUAUUUGAUUAUUUACUACGCUUCUUUCCAAGACAGUAUAAAUAUGUGGUGUUUACUAGUUGCUACGUCCGAAGGCGUCAGUAAGUAAAUUAGGUGUUGGUAAGUAAUUUUGUCGACGCUUUAAACGUAGCAAUCGGUAACCAUAAGCUGCCAUUUUGACAUUAUUUAAUAAAUCUUUAAAAAAAGAUAGGGAUCGUGCAAAAAACGCGAUAAACAUCACAAAUAAGGAUUGUCGAUCUCAGACAAUAAUAAACAAUUGUCUUCGAUCGAUAAACCGUCCUUACCGUUCUUGUUACUUGACAUACUAUUAUCUACACACUUGGGUGUCAAUGUCUACACCCUCGAGUCUUCCCUAACCACUCACACACCUCUUGCUUCUUCCUCAAAUACCUUGUACACAACAAAGUACAUCUUUGUAUUUCUACAUCUCUUUCGGUAGGCUUAAAACUAACCCUAGUAAUAACAACAAAGUCGCAUUGACUAAAUUCACUUUACUUAAUUUGUCUAAAUAUGUUGUAACGUUAACUCGGAAUUUGGUGAUUCGUUAUGACUUAGUUGUGUUAAAGAAACUAAGAAUUUUUAGUAAAGCUUUUUAUUUAGUUAAAAUAAAAUUUUUGUUAUCGUAUCGAUUCUGUAUGAGUACGGUGAAUAACAACUAAUUGGUUUUGUUAGCACAACCUUCUAAUUCGUGCGUGAAACCAAAAAAAAAUUCUCACACCUGCGCUUUAAUAACUCUUUGCAUUUUUCUUUCAUUUUGUGUUUUAGUGUUGAUCGUUGUAGCGUUUUGCUAAUCAUUGAUGUGGAAUGAUCGAGACGAUUACAACGAUAAAGUAACAUCUCGAGUCUACCUUGACAGCCCCCAAAUCAGCGUGAGCAAAAAUGAUCUCACGCUCUGCCACUUCAAGAUCUGCAACAUGGGCCGCAAACGAACCUCCCGAUAUUUCCACAUGAUAAGGCAGCUGGACGAUAAUGAAGCGUAAAUUGUCCACUGCUACCAAUGCGGAUUUUUAUUUAUAUCUCGUCAUCGGCACGCAAAUUGGGCCAGGUACGGCCUCUAUGCCGAAGGGGUCGCUGAAGUCCUGUACCUGGCUCGAUUCCCUCCCUCACUGAUUUGGAACCGACGUACUCAACUCUAUGUUACUGUAUUUAUAGUAUUUAUUUAUGUAAUUGAAACAGUGUUAACAGUAUUUUAAAUAUAGUUUUAAUUUAAGCACCA